AUGGCAUCUACAACUUCGACUUCCACCAAUUCCUGUCUUUUCAUCCAAUCGAUGAAACCAUAUGACUAUCCAUCUCACUCUCUCUAUCUCCACCCCUCUGAUCAACCAAGCGUCUCUCUCAUUCUUCAUCCCCUCACCGAGGAUAAUUAUCGGACAUGGAGUCAAUCCGUAUUCCUUGCUCUCUCUGCCAAUAAUAAAAUUGGUCUCAUUGAUGUUUCUAUAUCCGCACCGACUCAAGCUGCAGCCGACUACCAUCAGUGGUUGCAAUGUAAUCACAUGGUGAUUUCCGGGCUCAUCAAUAGCCUAUCCACUGAUCUUUGCCAUAGUAUCGUUCCAUCGGCCUCAACUAACCAAUGGUGGAUCAACCUGAAGGAAUGUUUUUCCCAAAGCAACUCACCUCACCUUUAUCAACUUGGUCAUGCCAUUUUUUUCGUCCAACAGAAUGGUCUCUCCGUUGCUGAUUAUUUUAUGAAGCAUAAAGGUCUUUGGAAUGAACUUGAUGUUCUGACCUCGCCUCCCGCCUGUACGUGCGGUGCCAUGAAAGCUGUUCAAUACAUUCAAGUCCGCCACUGUUCUACUAAAUUUUUGAUGGGCCUUAUUGAUGACUAUUCUCAAGAUGAAACCCAAAGGUCUCUUUUAUCUACCCUUCGCUCCUCAAAUAUCGUUGCCUUUGCUGCAAAAAUACAUGCUACCCCUGUUGCCACCAUUGGCUCCUACCCACUUGAGUCCAAUACGCCUGGUUUCACAUUUACUCCUGAUCAAUACUGCCAACUCCUCUCUUUCAUAACACCGCCCAUACCAGCAGGUAGCCAGGUUUCUACUUCUCACUUGCUAGGACCACUAUUCGAGGUAGAUGAUUGGGAUGGGUAG